AUGUCUCCUAAACGUGCAGCAGGAUUGGUUAUAUUUAGGAGUGUAAAUCAAGCAAUAGAAUUUCUGAUGUUACAAACUUCUUAUGGAGAACACCACUGGACUCCACCUAAGGGUCAUGUUGAUCCCGGAGAAUCUGAUUGGGUAACAGCUUUGAGAGAGACAAAAGAAGAAGCUGGUUUGUCUGAAGAGGAUUUAGAAGUGUUCAAAGAUGUGACAAAGGUAUUAAAUUACAAUGUCAACAACAAACCUAAAGUGGUUGUGUACUGGCUGGCAAAAUUGAAGAAUCCAGAGACAAAAGUACAACUGUCAGAUGAACACCAAGAUCUAAAAUGGCUGCCAUUGAGGGAGGCACAGGAAAUAGCUGGUUAUGAAGACAUGAAAGAGUUAUUACUAGAAUUUAAUGAAAAAGCUAAAGAUUUGUCUUGA